CAAAACUCCCAUGUGGGGAAUUGUGUUUAGCUCGUUUCAUCUUGUUCUUGAUACUAUAGCUUGUUUUGACGGAUGUCAUGUAAUUGUGUAAAUGUGUUUGUUUUAAAAAAUGUAUUGGAGACGAAAUAUAGUUUACAUGUUGUCAACAAUCUAAACCAAUCUGUUUUGCCCCAUAGUUGCGCACACGUCGGUUUAGUUUUGUAACAACUAACCCGUCCAUUCACUCAGUCCUGAUUUGAGUAGACUCACAGGUAGGCGGGAUUUUCCCGGACCAGCUCUAAAUACACUCGUAAUAGACACUCAAUGAAAUACACGGACCAUGAGAGUAAAGUGUGCAAUCCAACUAUCAAACUAACGCCCGCAGGCUACACCACACACAGAGGUAAACCCUGUUUUGUGAACUGAACUCAUUUUAAUAUGGAGACAGAGCGUAAGAUGAGACUCCUAUAAACCACCCAAGAGGUGUGUUCAGACCACUAUGAUGUGUGAGUCCUCCCUGAUGCGAUGCCUGCAGAUGUGUUUGUCCCUACUGAUGGUGGUCAGACUGCAGUGCAAGGUAAUGGCUCCUGAGAGCGUGGCGGCCCCAGUGGAGCUCCCCUUCACUCUGUCCUGCAUGGUGUCCAAGGGGCGUGGGGACAGCCUGAAACAGGUGCGCUGGCUGGAUGUCCAGAACAAGACUCUGUUGACCUACGAGCCCAGCCAGAAGGACAGCGUGAGCGGCCAGCAGCAUGUAGAGCUGGCCCCCUCCCCCAAGGACACCUCAGCCAUCACCAUCCGCAGGGUGGGCUUCAGAGACGAGGGCUGCUACACAUGCAUUUUUGACCUGUACCCCUCGGGAUCGCAGGUGGGACACACCUGCCUCACUGUCACAUCCCGUGUGACUGCAGAGGUUAACAAGACAGCGGUGAGUGGUAAGGCGGCAGCCCUGUCUUGCUCCUAUGGCCUGCCAGAGAAGGUACAGCAAGUGCUGUGGAGACAUACAGCAAAGCAACGGGACUCAAGCGCAGUAGCCUCCUAUGCCAAAUACAGCGACCCCGUGAUCGAGCCACCCUACCAGGAGAGGGCCUGGCUGACCCCCUCCCUCUCCCACAGUCAGCUGUCCAUCAGAGCGGUCAUCAUCCAGGAUGAGGGCUGCUACACCUGCGAGUACCACACCUACCCAGAGGGCACCAAGAGCGCUACCGUCUGCCUCACUGUCUUUGUACUGCCUAAACCCCAGGUGAGCUACAAGAACACGUCUCCAGGGGUUAUUGAGGCCAACUGUACAGCUGUGUCCCGGCCCCCAGCGGAGAUAGUGUGGAACGUGGAGAGGGACAACCGAACUAUGGGACCUCCUGUGACAUCACAGCUCCAGCAGGGGGAUGGGACCACCCUGGUCAUCAGCACCCUCAACAUCCAAUCAGGGCUGCUGAAGGAUGUGUCCGUCAAAUGUCUGGUCCACCAUAAGGGUCUGGAGUCACCCAUCGCUGUUUCUAUGAACACCAAGAUUGGAACAGCUUUGACCAUCCUGAUCUCGGUAACCACUGUAGCUGCUCUGCUGGUCAUAAGUCUCUGCUUCUGCCUGUGGAAGUGUUUCUUGCGGAAAGAAGACGAUGGAGUCUAAAAGGAGGAAGUGAAACUCAGCGACUGUUCCUCAACAUUCUACUGCACUUUCAGAAGUGAAGCAAGGCCCACCUCAAGAGGGCACAGAAUACAAUCUGUUGUGACCAACAUCACAGGGUCACUGAGAAACUGAAUCCAUCAACACAACACCUUUUGUUUAGUCACAAUGGCUCGUAUUCACGAGUUUGAAGUGUUUCAGAGUAGAAGUGCUGAUAUGCGAUCAGAUUUCCCUUUUAGAUCAUAAUGAAUAAGAUAAUAUUGACUGAGGAGACUUGAUCCUAGAUCUGCAAACCCACUCACACUAUUUGUGAAUACUGGCCAGUAUGAUCACAACACAUCCUAACAGAUCUGAACCUAACCUUACCCUCUGGUAACCCCAAUUGGCAUCCAUAUCUAUCAUGAAGUGUGAUGCUGACUGAGUAUUUUGUUCUUGUAACUGCCUUGGUUUCUUUGUGCCAUUCUACAGUAUGUUCGCAAGAUGAAUGUGGUUUUCAUGACCUAAUGGACCGAGGUUGUAGGAAAACUCUGAAUGAAGUGAAAAUACCUUUUAGUAUUCAGUGAUGAAUUUUACACCUUAAUGUCCCACUUUAGACCACUGCAACACAGCUCCUGUGGAAGACCUACCCUGUUUGAAUCCCCCAGAGUACAUUGUUUUGAUUCUACUCUUAAUGUAAUCUUAGCCUAUGAAGCUUUGAUAAAUUAUCAGUAAGCUUUCAAACCCAAGGCCCAGAUUCACAAAACACUUCAAACACAAAACUUAAGAAACUUCUUAAGAGAGAAAAUAUGUUUGUUAGUGCAAUUCCUUAAACAUUUCUUAAGAAUUCAUGCUUUUCUUACAAACUUAUCAAAUAUCUUUUUGCAAACUUCACUGUCUUUUUAACAUGAUUGUCGCUAAGCAACUGAACUAGCUUGCUAUCUUGCGGGCAAUCUUAUUAGCAUAUUUCUUACUGCGAUAACUGAAGAGAAACAAUUGGGGGUGGGGGAUUUAAAAACAAUCAAUACUGGAACGUUCAGAUUACGUUUGAGUCAAUUAAACAUGUUCAAUUGCUUUCAUUAUCAUCUUUUCUCAAUUCCAUGCAUUUAAGACCAGGCUUUAGCUAUCUUGGAAGAAGAAAUCCACUAACUUUAUUUUCAAGAAUCACAUUUCUUAACAAUUUUCUUAGGAAGAAACCUAAGAACAUUUUCAAUAACUUUAUUGAGGAAUAGCAACUUUUUGUAAGUUUCUUCAGUAUAAAGGUAAGAAAAAAUUGCACUUAAGAAUACAUUUCUUUUUAAUUUGUGAAUCUGGGCCCAGUUCUCAGACAUAAUGUAGACCUCUUACUCAGAACUGUAGCAGGGUUGGAGAGAGUGUGGUAGACUACGGUCAGAUACAAUUAUUUUAUACAAUUAUUUCAUUGCCAUUUGAGGAUGAAUAAAUAUGGUUAUAAGUAAGAA